UUAUGUGAUGUAUUCAUUUUUACUUCUGACACCAAGUUACAACUUAGAAGGAUGAGAAACUAGACACCAUCUUAAUUCGUACUAAAAACGUGUUACCGAAUUGCCGUGACCGACAUAUAUAUAAACAAACUAUUAUAUAUCAAAAUGGUAGCUGCAAUAGUGGUAUAGUGCAACAAUAUCAUUGGGUCGAAGGUGGAAAAAAAUGGCAAGGAGUACGUUACGCAAGUUUGGUGCAAGCUCUGCACCAAAUAUUUGAACGUCUUGAUGAGCACUCCAACUGUGAAAGGGCCCCCUAUUUCAUCACUGAAAGCCUUCACUAAGGGUGCCACUGUCGUAACAAAACAUCAGACAAGUAAUACAAAUAAACAAUGCUGCAUGUAUUCUUGGUGGAUAUUGGCAUUAUGCUGAAAUUUGAUACAGAACUUGCUGUAAAUAGUGUUGGUCAUUUAAUGGAAGCAAUACAGCAAACAAUAUUUGUACCUACAAAAAAGCAAGUUUUGCUAUCUGCUCAUGGUGUACCAUUAAAUCCUUCAAACAGAGUGGCUAGUUAUGUUGGUUCUGGAACAGAAAGUUUGCCAUUUUACUUAUUCAGCAGAACAACCAUUGACUCACCAGUGCCACCAUCACCAAGUUUUAAUCUUGGUUCAGAAGCUUCUCUUAAAGAAGAAGUAGAGAAAUGUCUAAAGAUGAAACCUGGUUAUGAAACCUUGGUGGCAAGAGCGAAGCUUGCUGCAGAAUUUCAACGUUGUGCAUCAGAAAUUGGUGAAAAUUGUGAAAACUUGGUAAAUGAUCAAAUCUUGCAGAAGAAUGGCUGGCUUGCAGCAAUUGCAAAUUUGGAUCAUAUUACAGAUGCAUUUAAAACUCAUGUUGAUGUUGUCAAAGGAUCUUUUCGAAACUUUCUGAUAGCUCAAGUGCAGUGUAAAAAGAUGCUACAGUCAUUUCAACAUGUGUUUUCACUUUUGCAGCAGUUACCAUUGUUGCCGUGCUUGUGUAAAGGAGCAACUGAAACUCCUUCUUUGCUUGAAUGGAUUUCUAAUCAUGAUCAACAGUCAACAAUUCAAAAUCUUCUGCAGCAAUGUGAAGAUUUCAUGAAACAGUCCAACACAAAUGCUGUGGAAUCUGUGUUUUUAGAAGCCCAAAAAAUUUUAGACUCUGUUAAUAAUGUUAACAUGAAAGAAAUUAAAGGCCUAACAGAGAGAUUAGCAAGUUUAGAAGGGCGAGUCACUAUCAUGAAACAACUUAUUCAGGAUCAAGUAGACAUGGCCCAGGGGUUUUUGCAAAACCAGAUGAGAGCAGAGCACAUUGGUGAUCCUUCUGUUCUACCUGAUCUUUGUGCAAGUCAUCAAAAACAACUUAUUGUUCUACGAAAAAAUCAUCAUCAGAUCAGGGAAAAUCGCAAUUUAUGUGCUCGAGCAAAAGACGAAUUAUCAACAAAUUUGCAUACAAGAUUAAGAUGGGUGACGCGGUUAGAAAAAUUAAUAUUUGAUUGCGACUCAAAGUUAUUAGCGUAUCAUACAAGUUUAAAAAGAAUAAAGAAAAGGCUGGAUAUUUUUGAACAAGUCUAUGAAGCACCGAAGAUGUAUGUUUUGGCUGUUUUGGAAGUUCUAAGAAGAAAAAAUUUCUCUUUACAAUUUACGGAGUGGACCAAAACUGUUUCUGAAAGUUCCAUUGUUGCUCGGACAGAAGAAUUAAGCAAACGAGACAACUUUAAACAAGUUUUUGGUAACCACUUUGUUAAGAAUUUGUUCCCUGGUCUUGACGAGUGGCCUCAACCUUUUGCUGAGGAGCAACCAACGCCAUGCGAUGUAGAUCUACCAGAUGUGACUGUGGAGGAUAUUAAAAUGUUGCAACAUCAUGUACCAGACCUAAUGUCGGAAUUAAGUUUGUCUGAUUCAUUGGAAACAAGUAUUAUGGUUCGUAAUUGUUUAUCUCAAAGUAACUUAACAAAACUCAUUGACCCUAAACAAAACAAAUCAUUGGAAGAGACAUUACAGUUUCGUGAGCAAGCUUUGGUUGAAAAUGAUCAACUAACAAUGAGUGUGCUGAAGCGUGAAAUGUCAUCACAUCCAGUGGAGCAGUUUCCAUUGCUGGAGAAUGUCAACUAUGAAACAGAAUCUCCCAGUGAUAAUGCAGAUGAUGAGAAUACUGCAGAUGAAUCUGAAUUUGAGCCAGCGUCACUCCGGUCGCUAUCAGAAGAUAAGAAACUGAUUACUUCAAGUGACAGUGACAUGCUAUUCCAUUCCGCAGAAUUGGAUUUCUCUCGGUCUAAUGAUGAUUUAUCUCCUGUGUCUGGGAAAUCUAGUUCAUCCCCGAUAGCUAUAAAGGGAUGUGUCAGGAAAAUCUCACGAGAAAGCCAAUGCCGCAGUUUAAGUCCCAAAACACUGCACCCACCAAAGGAGAAUGUUUUCUCAUUACCUAACAUACAUCAAGGUAGUAUGACUAACUUGACAUACUUUACACAAGAUAUGGCUAGUUCUAUCAACAGUAGCAGGUCCUUAUCUGAUGCUAUCAAAUCUACAGAAGUUGCAAGAAAUGUGUCCAAUUCAGCAGAGCUUCUUAAGCAUAUGAAGUGUAAUGUCAAGCAGCUAAAUUGUCAACUGUCUGUGAUAAAGGAGGAAGUCAAGGGAGUAAACCAGUCAUGGUUUGAAGAAUUUACUAGCAUCAAAAGAGAUGUUUUGUCUAUGGUAAUGGGGAAGGUACAGGCUUACUUAGAUGUGUGUGUGCAGUUGGCGCAAGUAAACACAGAGUUAGAUGCUGUUGUGAAGGGGAAACAGGUAUUAUGUUCAGAACACGAUUCUCUUAAAUUGAAAUACGAUACUGUUAAAGAAGAGUUAAAAUAUACCAAAGUUAUUCAUGAAGCAGAGAAAAAAGCUUCUAAAAAUAUUCAUGAGGAACUAACUAAACAGUGUAAAGAUUUGAGAGAUGAAUGUGAGUCUUUAAAAAGGACAGUGGGAAACUUACAGGAAUCUGUUGAAAAAAACUCUAACGUUUAUAAAGAGCAUAACAUUUUGCAAACAAAUUUAGACAGUGUUAAAUUUGAGCUAGAAGAAAAAGAGAAGGAAAUUAAGACUUUAAAAGGUGUCAAUGAUGACAUAUUGCAGGAGUUAAAUAAAAAGACAGCUACAUAUAAUGAAAUUGUUGUUAAACUUGAAAAUGAACAACGUAAGUGCACUUUGAUGAAGUUAGAUGUAGAUCAAAUUACUAUCGAACGAAAUGCGUUAAAAACUGAAUUGGACAGAGUGAAUGAAUCCACCCAAAAAUCAAUUGAUGAACAUCUAGAGCAUGUGUCUACUGUUAAUGUACAAAUUAAAAACUUGCGUAAAGUACUAGCUGAAAAAGAAGCAGAACUUGGGCAAACAUUACAAAUGAAGGACUCGUUGGAAACACAAAAACAAACAAACUUUAACGCUGUGUUCAAUAAGAUCAAAAAGGAGAAGGACAAUCAAAUCAAAGAUUUAGAAUUAAAGUUACUUAGUUUAAAAAAUGAUAAUCAAACGUUAAAACAUAGAAAUGAAAAUUUAAUACUUGAAAUCAACAUGCAUAAGGAAGCGUACACACAACUCGAGAGUGACUUGAAAAAAGUCAAUGAUUUAAAUGCAAACUUACAGGAAAAAUUAACAACAUCAAUAAAUGAAAAUCGAUUGAGUGUUGAGAAGACAGAGAAAGAGAGACUUGCAUUAGAAAAUAAUGUUAAAGAACUACAUGUAAAUAUUAAGGAGUUGAAGAAAGAGAAGUUAAGGGUUAUGCAGGAAUUAAAAACACAAUACGAUAAUGAGUUAGAGAAAGAGAAAGCUUCCUUGCUUGUAGCUUUUGAACUUCAAAAAUCUGCUUUAGAGGAAUGUGGAAAAUCGGAUCAUGAUAUCCGAUCUUCAACUGUUUCCAUAGAAGAAGGAAUAGAUGAACUGGAAAUUGAUAGACUUCAAGAUAAAGUAAAAACAUUGGAAGCAGAAAACGCAAGAUUAAAAAGAGCUUCAUUCGAAAGUGCGUCAAGUAGCCCAAAAAGCCAGCGGGUACAAAGAACUUCAGAAUUAUUUCCUGUAGAAAAAUUGGCAUUACGGAAUUUGAAUGUUGGUAGUUUUAUCAUUUUGUGUUACGAUGACACAAUAAAUCAAUACACAGCAUUGAAUUUGGCAGAGGAGAAAUAUUUCUUGCAUCCCGAGUCCUUCAAAACAUUAGCUGAAACAUUAGGUACAGCAAGUGAAAGGAGACCGUGGUUAUUUGCUUAUAUCACUGAAAAAGAAUAUUGUCUUGCUAAAAAGUCAAACAACAAAUUUAACUUACCAAUAAACACGUACUUCUCAAGAAUUCAUGUAAAACCUUACACAAAUUGACAAAAUUCGUAAAACCGCUGGUCGUAGGAUUUAGAAGCUCUGAUGCACUGGGUUGACUUGGUUACGUAACUCGGAUAAGGAAGAAUGGCAUGUGAAAAAAAUACGAAAAUACAGUGUUGAUGAUUUCAAUGUAAUAUAUAGUUAGGAAUAUAUCAGAUAAAAAUGAAGGAUAUUGUUCAAGCUUUUGUAGUGGUAUACAAGUACUUUCGUAUAUUGUUGACAAGUUGUGAGAUAUCUCAAAGGCUAGUAAAGUUGCCCUUUCUUUUAAUUUUAAUAGAUUUUUUUGCUAAUUUAAAAUUCUUUAAAUUGUUUCUAUUGUAUAUUUUUGUGAAAUGUUUCGUUAAAUAUUUCUCUUUGUUUUUUC